AUGGCUAAUGAGAACCCGGAAGCGCAAGGUGCGGAAGGCGGAGGCAGUAAGGGCAGGAGCAGCAGUAUGUACGAUCCUGCACGGGACUCUUGGGAGGCUCAGGAAUCAUCGGCAGUACCACCAACACAACUCCAACCUUCUCAGUCCAUUUCAGCUCUAGAUAAUCCACCGGCGCAAGAGAUUUUGCCUUCGGUAAGUGUUCUCGGCGGACCUUCCCCGACGACACAGUCCGCGGUGCGAAACACAACGUCCGCUCAUCAAGAACAAAUUUCUCGCGAUCCACUUCCACCUUUAAUAGAACACGAAAAAACAAGGCAGAAACCAUCGCGAUCAUCAAACGCAUAUAUAUCACCUAGAAACUCUAAAAUGUCUAGCCCACAAGCUGCCAGUCCAGCGCCCCCAGAGUCUACCGAGGCUCACAACGGAGCUCUUACCUCCCCUACGGCUGUACAGGAGGAACCAAGACCUGGGUAUUCCAAGCGCAGACGUCUCCAAGAGCGGCACCAACAACUACGAAAGCGUGGCAGAACACCCCCAUCAGCUUACUCUCGUCGCGACAUGAAUGAGUCGGCGCAGCAGCCCAAUCGCAAUGAGUCGUCAAACAGAUCUCCCUCGCCCCUCGCUCCACCGCGUUCUCCAUCGCCCGACGCGCAGGCGCGCAAGCGCAAGCGUCCUGGCGGUGGUGCCAGGAUGGGCUUGGUAGAUCGCGAAACUCUGCGUCGGAGACAGGAAGAAAGAGAGCGUUCUCAACAAGAGGAAGCUAUGCGAUUCUCUCAGAACCGCGGGGUGACUGACAUUGUCCGCCACCACUACAAUGCUGUUCCCCAGCGCGGAAGAGAGUGGCGGAAGACCGAGAGUAAGAUUAAAGGCUUACGAAGCUUCAAUAACUGGAUUAAGAGUACUCUCAUUCAGAAGUUCUCGCCGGAUGAGGAGUUCGUGUCUAGAUCCAUUGGCACCAAGGACUGGGCGGAUGACACCGCCCCACCCCCUAUGGAAGCUAAACGUCUUUUGGUUAUAGAUCUGGGGUGUGGCAAGGGGGGUGACCUGGGCAAGUGGCAACUAGCUCCUCAACCCGUAGACCUCUAUGUUGGCCUCGAUCCAGCUGAGGUCUCUAUUGUCCAGGCGCGUGAGCGUUACAACGGUAUGCGGACUGGGCGCGGCCCACGUCGCCCCCGUGGGCCUCUCUUCCAUGCCGAGUUUGCUCCUAAGGAUUGCUUUGGGGAGUAUCUAGGAGAUGUCCCUAUUGUUCAACAAGUAGGCAUUGACCCUAAUGCCGGCCCAGGUGGAUCGGUGAUGAGUUCACGCUGGGGCGGCGGCGGCUUCGAUGUGGUAGCGUCCAUGUUCACAAUUCAUUACGCCUUUGAAAGCGAGGAGAAAACAAGACAGAUGCUGCGCAAUGUGGCUGGGUGUUUGAAGAAGGGUGGCCGAUUCUUGGGAGUCUGCCCUAAUUCGGACAUCAUCAGCGCACGAGUGGCAGAGUUGAAUGCGAAACGAAAGGAACGCGAGACUGCGGCGAAAAAAGAGGAGGCAGAGCCCGAGGAUGGAGAGGUCGAAGAAGAUGAUAACAAGAUUGAAUGGGGCAAUUCAAUCUACAGAGUUCGAUUCUCGGGUGAUACCCCCGAAGAUGGGAUCUUCCGACCUCCUUUCGGAUGGAAGUAUAGCUAUUUCAUGGAAGAGGCGGUAGAGGAAGUUCCGGAGUAUGUUGUGCCAUGGGAAGCCUUUCGAGCAUUAACGGAGGAAUACAACCUCGAGCUCCAGUAUCGGAAACCGUUCCUAGAAGUCUGGGAAGACGAGAAAGACGAUCAAGAGCUGGGCCCUCUGAGUGAACGCAUGGGUGUAAGGGAUCGAAAUACCGGCGCCCUGCUCAUGACAGACGAAGAGAAGGAGGCAGCCAGUUUCUAUCACGCAUUCUGCUUUUACAAGGUCUAG